AUGCAUUCAUCAUUUGCUCUCUUAUUCUUAACUAUCCUUGUUACUAACCUCUCAUGGUCAGUAUUGGCCGGUGAUUUUCCAGUAACAGGAGUAGUUUUACUUCAAUCAGCACCUCGAUCAGAUGCAUUUGGUACUAUUAGCAUUAACCAACAAUUUGAAGGUGGACCAUUAACUGUUGAAGGUAUUUUUUUCAAUCUUAAACCAAAUAGCCGUUUCGGUUUACAUGUUCAUGAACAAGGUGAUAUUACUAAUGCAUGUACAAGUGCUGGUGCCCAUUUUAAUCCAUAUAUGAAAUCACAUGGUAGCGAACGAAGUGUUGAACGUCAUUGGGGCGAUUUCGGAAAUAUUGUCAGUGAUAGUUUAGGUACUUCACGAGUAUUUCUUACCAUUGUUGAAGGUUCAUUGAUUGGUACUGAUGGAUACCUUGGCCGAGCUCUUGUUCUUCAUGAACGUGAAGAUGAUCUUGGUUUAACUGAACAUGAAAAGAGUAAAACAACAGGAAAUUCAGGAGAACGUAUUGCUUGUGGUGUUAUUGGUAUUCGUCGACCAAUUGAUCGUUUACCAGUUUCACAACAAGUACCAUUGAGUUCAAAUAACCAACGUCAAUCAAAUUUUGGUUCACAACAAUUCCGUCAACCAUCACAAGGAUUAAGAACAGUUCAAUAA